AACAUCCCAACAAGAAAAUAUUUUAAAAACCAAAAGUGUACUUGGCACUCGAGAACAAAGAAAGACCAUAAAAAAGGAUACUAUAGGCGAAUAGCACACACGCACACAGACGCACAGGAAGGCAGGCAAGGAAAGGGACUCCUCCCCAGCAGCAGGGGCAACAAAAAACAGAGACUGGACUGCAGCAAGAAAGUGUGCCUACCCCCAGCAUCCGAGCAGCUGGAACCCAAAGGAUAAUUCUCUCUCCCUUCAGGCAGGACUUGAGGCGAUUGCGAUUGCGAUAGCGAUUUCGUUGAGUUUCGUCCGGUCCGAAAGGAAAGCAGCAGACGGCUGUCGUCAGUCGCCAAUCGGAGCAGCAAAGCCCUCGCCCCGCUCCGCCCUGCCCCUCCAGGACCCGAACCACGAUUGUUGUUAUUGUAUUAUUAUACCCUCCACAACCAGGAUGUCGUCGCCUCCGCUGCUGCUGCUCUGGCUCCUCUUGUUUUUUUUUGUCGGCUGCCUGCCGCUGUCAAUGCUGACGGAGAAUGUGACUUUGGCAGCGACUCCUGCCCCUGCCCCUGGCCCUGGCACGGCCGCUGUCUCUGACGGUGGCGUGGUCACUGCCUCCACCGCAACUGCGGCUGCUGCAGCUAACGCGGCCAGCUCUAGUACGGCGUCCGCCGUGAUAGCCACGGACUUUGACAAUCUGACGGUGAGCAGCAGCAACACCAACAGCAACAACGAUGCCAGUGAUGAGCAGAACAGCAACAACAACAACAAAAACGAGAACAACAGCAACCAGCACGCAAAUACCAGCCAGAGCGUCCCUACAGCCACAACGGCUAGCGCCCAUCAGGAUCAACAGGACGCGACACCCCUGGGCCAAGGCAUGGCCCCUCCCACGGCUGGGCCUGGCUCCAAUGGCACAGGCGCUGAUCCGCACCAGCACGAGAUCAUCGGCUCGGCGAGCCCCAACAAGGGCGAACAGGAGGCCAUACUGCGAGCCCUCGACUGGCUGAAGGAGAAGCGAGCCUCGGACUACGGAUGGGACAACGACACCCAUGUGGUGAUCCUGGCUAAGGAGCUGUCUGGCGGCCGGGACCCCAACGAGAGUGCCGAUGGACACAUGCAGGUGAUCCAGGAGCUGGAGGACACGUUGUCUGUGAAGGAAAUGGAAAUCGAGAUACUGGCGAUGCUCGACCGCCACCACACGCUGCCCAAGCCCCUCAAUCUGGACAAGCUGGCGCGCUAUGUGCUGGCACUGGGCUCCCUCUGUAAGGACCCCAAGCAUUUCCACGGCCAUGAUCUGGUGGCAACGCUGCAGCACCAUGAGCCGGCCCAGGACAUCGAGUUCGCCUUGACGACCCUGUCCGCCUGCAGCUCGGCGGCGCAUGUGCGGAAGCGGCAGAUACGUCGCCUCCUGGACAUCGCUAGCGGUGUGACGGACCAGAGCGUUGAUGCCAUUGCCAUGGUCAUACUGGCGCUGCGGUGCAUCGUCACCGAUCACCGACAUCGCCAUCUGCAGCACUUUGUACGCCGGCCCGCCCGCGGCCUGGCCAGCCUGCAGGACCAGCGCGGCAGCUUCGGAUCGCUGCGCAGCACGGCUUUGGCCAUGCAGGCGCUGCAGGAUCUGGAGUACGAUCCGGCCGGGCACUGGAACCGCACGGCCGCCUCGCGCUACAUCCUCAGCCGACAGCGGGCUGACGGUGGCUGGAGCGAGGAGCCGCUGCAGGAUGGGCAGGAACCUGACAUCGGUGUUGGACUAACCGCAGACAUUAUCCUGGCCCUGGGCUGGAAAGGACUCGGCGCUGUGCGCGCCCUCCAGUGCGAUCAUGUGAUACGGGAGAGCAGCGAUCCAACGGAGAACGGUGAGCCGAAGCUGGCGGUGCCAUUUGGCCUGAGCUCUUCGGCCGAGGAGUCAGACGCGAAGAACAUCUCGUACACCUACACGCUCUGGGUGGGCUCGAAUGUGAGCGAGGCCUUCUCCCUGUCCCUGGUCUCCCCGAAGAACACAAGCUUCUUCAAGGCCAUGACCCAGGCGGCCGAAAUGGAUCCCAGAUUCAUCUUCGAGGCGCGCGAAUGGCCCAAUGGCCACUAUGUGCACACACUGUAUGGCAAGAAGGAGGAACCGCGAGGGUACCACUACUGGCUGCUAUACCGAUUGCCCGAGCUACCGGAUCCCAAUAAUACGCCUGGGAAUCAGCUUAUUGCGCCUGUUGGUGUUGAUGAGCUAAUGGUCGAAGACGGUGAACACUAUCUAUAUUGGUAUAAGAAACUCUAAGCACGGGGAGAACAUUGCCUGCCGCCGGCCUUAGACGAAGCUGCAGUUAAAUCCACUAAGCAGAGUCGAUAAAAACACACACAUAAAAUGCUUUAGCUGUCGGGCCAUACAGACACACACAGACACAAACGAACACAGAAUCCGGCACAGGAGAGUAGUGAACAUGCAGGAAGGAAGAAAGGCGUACGGAGUUAAUGUCAGCGGAGUAGACUGUGACCCACUCAGGCGCACACACACACACACACAUCGCAUUCCAUUCACCCAACCAAGCAAGCAACCCAAAACUGAUCUCUCGAUUAUCCGAUUCUGGGCGGGAAUGCAGCCGCACCUCAGUCGAAUACUUAUGCAUAGCGAUAAAUGAACGAAAUAAAA